CACCGGGGAAGAAGAUGAUGCUGGGUUUGCUCCCCACAGAGAUCGGCAGCCUCAAGAUUGGAUGCCCAAAGGGCGCUUGAGCGAAGACCCACGAACGAUUUUCAGCGAAAAGGAUGGAUGGCAAGACAAGGAAGACAUGGAGGAAAAGGCGGGUGCUUGUUCUUGCACUACCAUGGAAGAUCAAGACUACACUGGGGAAGAAAAUGGUGUAAUGCCAUUGGAGCGAACUGUUGCGCAUUUUUCUGAUCUCGGACGAAAAGACGUCCUGGCAGACCUAGCGGCUGUAGAUUAAGCUAUAACAGACUACUAGUUUAUAACACUCGCAUGGAAAUAGUAUAGGCAGAGGGCUCUACUCGCAUGAGUAUAGUAGAAGUUAGAUUCAAAAUAGUUGGAUUCAAAGUACUUAGACUCAAAAUAGUUGGAUUCAAAGUACUUAGAUUCAAAAUAAUAUAGUGAGAUGAAGAGAGGUAGUAAGCCUUAGAGUUCCCUUCAUGACUAUAGUUAGAUGAAGCUGUAAGUUAGAUGAAGGUCCUGACGCUUUCUCUCGUACCAAGGCUCAUGAUAAUUCAUUUUCACUUCCCACAGGGCUGGGUGAACCCAGUCAAGUCGGACCACAUAUGAAUAAUAUUGUGAGCGCUAAGCAGAGAAAAUGAUGAGCGAGCUGAAGAUCGCGCGUGGUGAUGGUACCAGUCUAAGUUAAGGACGAUAGGCGAGACCCAUACUUAUACACUUGUGAAUCCACUAUCACUAGAAGUACUAUUGAUUAUGAACGUAUUAGCAUGAUCAAAGCCAGGUGGAACGAGUAUCACUAGAAGUACUAUUGAUUAUGAUAGUGUGUUGAUUAAUACCAGGAAUAGUAAUAAGAUUUUUGUUCCAAUUAGUUCCCUCUUCUAAAAAGAGAUAGGUCUACUUCUAUCUUUGGUUUUCCUGGUUCUGGACAGCUCUGGGUCUUCCCGGUUCUCGAUAAGUCUAAGAAAUCAACAGUGAUCUUAUUACGACGUCCACUAAGCAAAGAGUGAUCCGUUUAGUCCAGCCUCCGCAUCAACUGCUUCUGGAGGAAUCUCUCCAACGUCAAUGCCAGAGAUGUUGAGCGGAGUAUUCAGAGACUUGUUUUCUCCGACUGCUCGUUUGACUGGUGGUUCCUUGAAAGACCAGACGACCUGCGAUGCAGGAGAUGCUCAAAAAAUGUCUGCCAGACGAAAUGGAUCGACCAGGAAGGGCUUAGAAGUUGGAAACAAUAAUUGCACAGAACGGCAUGAAAAAUCCGAUGCAGCUUAUUCAACAGAGGGGCUCCAAGUAGACAGGUUCAAGUUGAUGGAAGAACACGAUGAAACACAGUGUAAACACGGCGAAAUAUCUGGAGCUCAAAGGGAUCCUGUAUCCUCUACUAGUACUCCGGUAGCUUGUUUACAGACAAGCUCGUUGUCAUCGAUGACCCGCGAAGAGCAGACCGCUUUCAUUGAAGCUAAGUUGUGGCACAUUGAGAAAACUGAGCUUGUCAAUCCUGGAGGACCUUUACAGGACAUUGGAAAGGCGCAGCUUGUCAAUUCUGUUGCAGUUCCCGUCCGAGCUAUGGGGGACUGCGAGGCCGGCGGGCAUAUGCGUGAUUCUGUCAAACAGGGUACUGAAGAAAAUGCUUCUGUGAGAGGGGCUUUUGGGGCGGAUGCUUUUGUCAAACGCAGCGCAGACAAGAACUCUGGCCACUGAGCGCUCAUCCUUGCCGAGGCAUUGUCGUGUCACGAAACAUAUUAUUAUUUAUUAAAUAUGAAGAGUCGUUUCUUGAAUUCUGAGGCCACUGAGAUUAUUACACGGAAAAACUAUUUCCUCUUACACUGAAAAAAAUACGUGACCAAGCGACCACGCGGUGAUAUCUUCGAGAAUAUCCUAAUUGUCGUCGAAAACAAGGGGUAAGGAUAAAGCAAGAAGAAUAUGAAGGGAACUACUAGUAGAAAGACAAAAAGGGAUAACCAGAACGGUGGAUGCACUUUCGAUAGUAGUUGGAGAAGGCGAAACUGCUAGCGCCUUUGAUAGUAGUGGAACGCGAUGAGAACGCUACUGGUCCUUUGCGUUGCUGUGAAAUGGACUACCAGAACUUUUUUUGUAAGCGAUGUAGAAACCUCAGAGGCUUUUAUUCUCCUGCCUCUUAGUAAAAGGCGCCUUUCACGCUUUUGUAUGGAGACUGAACUAUUUUCUUCUCCUAUCCUACAGAGGACUUUUGCAAAAAGAUCAAAAAGGAAAUAUCGUACGAGUAUCCG